AUGGUUGUGGUCUGACGUCCCCGCCGCCGCCACCACUGCACACGCCCAUGCCUCUACCCGCUCCGGGCCCCUGGCAAACCCACUGCUUUUCCCCUCCUCCCCACGCCCACGCUGCCCGCCCUGGGCCCGCUGUCACAGGUGCGACGGUACCACCAUCCCAGCUGUGAGGCUGCCAUCAAUGCCCACAUCAGCCUGGAGCUCCACGCAUCCUAUGUGUACCUGUCCACGGCCUUCUACUUCGACCAGGACGACGCGGCCCUGGAGCACUUUGACCGCUACUUCCUGUGCCAGUCGCAGGAGAAAAGGGAGCACGCCUAGGAGCUGAUGAGCCUGCAGAACCUGCGCGGUGGCUGCAUCUGCCUUCAUGACAUCAGGAAGCCAGAGGGCCAAGGCUGGGAGAGCGGGCUCAAGUCCAUGGAGUGCGCCUUCCACCUGGAGAAGAACAUCAACCAGAGCAUCCUGGAGCUGCACCAGCUGGCCAAGGAGAACGGCGAUCCCCAGCUCUGCGACUUCCUGGAGAACCACUUCCUGAACCAGCAGGCCAAGACCAUCAAAGAGCUGGGUGGCUACCUGAGCAACCUGCGCAAGAUGGGGGCCCCGGAAGCAGGCCUGGCAGAGUACCUCUUUAACAAGCUCACCCUGGGCCGCAGCCAGAAACACACCUGAGCCCAGACAGGCCCCGCAGCCACGGGGUGCCUUCCCCUGCUCGCGCCACCAGGCGGGACGUCCAUGUUGCCUUUUCAGAACAUUCUCUUCAUUUUUCUCCUCUCAG